AUGUUCGUUGUCGUUUUGUGCGCUUUUGUUGCUUAUGCCAACGCAGCGAACAGGCUCUGUCAUGGCGACAUAAAUAACCUCCACCCAACAGGACAGCGCAACGGAGGUGUUGCUGCUUCCAACGCAGAUGCACAGCAUGAUCUCCCAUAUUUGGAACAGCACAGAUCCUGCUACCAAGCGUCGGCUGACAAACAUUGUAUCCAAGCUUCUGUAAUUGCUGCUAUCGCCAGCAGAGAGUCCAGAGGCGGAUCCCUUCUUACCAGCACAGGAGGUUACGGGGACAACCAUAAUGCAUGGGGUAUUAUGCAGUGCGACAUUAACCACUCUGGCCUCAACUGCCUGAGCUGUGCAUGGAACUCCUGCUGCCACAUCGAGAUGAUGACUGCAAAUAUUUUGAUACCCUACAUUAACCAGGUAAAGAGCAAACUGCCAAGCUUUAGUCAGGAUCAGGCGUUACAAG